UGUGUGUGUUAUUCUUGUCUUUAUUUUCCAAUCCAAAAACAUACAGUCUAAUCUUUGCUCUAUUUAUGUGUGUGUGUGUGUGUGUGUGUGAGAGAGAGAGAGAGAGAGAGUACAUCAAGACAUUGUGUUGAAUACUUGUAUUUCAAUUUUCAUCCAGAAUGGUGCAUAUCCAAGUCCAUGCCCCGACAUUCAUCGCACAAUCUGUAGCCGAGAUCUACCCCGCCUGUCGAGACUUAUUCCUCCACGUCAAAUCUGAAGGAAGAGACAUCAAGCAGCUAGAACACAGGCUAAGCGAGCUCAUAACCCUCAUGGCUUUGAUCAUGUCGAGAAAACACGAACUAGAACGAGACUUGGUCCGAAACUCAGCCUUCUCACAAAAGAGCAAUGAGUUCAAAGUGUUAGACACCAUAAUCUCAGCCAUUGACGCCAAGUGCUCCAACUUCAUCAACAAGUAUGCCAAGAUCACGCGGCGCCACCUCCCCUCCUCACCCAACGACGCGAUCUGCCUGAUCGAGGAGCUCAAGAAGCUGAGAUCUAAAGUGCUGACGUUCAAUUUCUUGAACCUUGCAAAGCUUAGUAGAGACAUUGCCAAGAUGAGUGCUCAUGCAGUCGUGGUUUUGGACCGGCUGAAUCCGGACCACAUGAUUUGUAAGAGAUUGGAGAUGAAUCAAGAGAGGUUUGGUGAUGUUGAUGGUGAAGAUCUUGCGUUUUACAAUGUGUAUGUUGAUGAGGUUUUGAAGCAUUUGUGUGAAAAUGGGGGUAGGGUUGGGAUAUUGGGAGGGUUUGGGACCACAUUUGUGACGAGGAAGGUGUUUAAUCGACUCGUUGAAAUGAAGUCUUUGUCUGGUUCCGACACUAGCCUCGAGAUGGAUUAUGUUAUCUGGGCGGAAUAUCCGUCGGAAGUGGGGGGAGAGGAGGAGGUCACUGAGAAGCUGCAGAAUGAGAACAUGGGGCAGUUAAGCAUAGAUCACCAGGCGUCCAUGAGAAAGCAUGUGAAUGGGGAUAAGAUUUCUGCGUUUCUUCGUCACAAGAAGUAUAUUUUGCUAGUGGAUAAGGUCAUGCACGGUGUUGAUCUGGGUAGGAUCGGGUUGAGAGAGCACCACGAGUUUAGGAGACUCAUAGUGGCUUCAGGUGAUAGAGAUGUUAUGAGCUUAAUGGUGAAACCCAUUGUAGAAAUAUGA